UUGUGUAUUAAGAAGCAAAAUUAUUAUAAUGAUAAAAUAGCAAUUUUAUUCUGCCUAAUAGAAUUUUUUGUUUCAUUUUCAGGUGAUCGACCCAACACGUACACUUUCACGAAGGCACUUACCGAGCAUUAUUUAGCGGAACAACGAAACAAUAUACCUACAGUUAUAAUAAGACCAUCUAUUGUUGUACCAAGUAAAAAUGAACCGUCUGAAGGCUGGAUCGAUAACUGGUUUGGUGCAACUUCAAUAGUGUUCAUGGUCGGCAAAGGCCAUUAUAGAGUCUUGGCUGGCGCUAGUUCCAAUUUAUUUGACCUCAUACCAGUCGACUAUGUCUCAAACUUAAAUAUAGUAGCUGCUGCAAAGUGCAAGGGCUCUGAUGACUUGUUGGUGUAUAAUAGUAGUUCUAGUGGUGCCAAUCCUGUUACCCUUGGAGCGGUCUGUAGAAGUUUUAUAGAUGAAAGUGUUCGUUUCAAACUUAACGAUAUUCCAUACCCUACCAUAAAUUUCACAAAAAAUCAGUGGCUCUUAAAAACGAUAAUUAGAAUACAGACGAUACUAGCCUUUUUCGCUGAUUGUUUUUUAUGGCUGUCUGGGAAAAGGUCUAGGUACGUUAAACUGCAACGAAAAGUAUUAAAGUUGAAUGAUACUUACCAAUACUUCACGUCAAGAUCCUGGGUAAUGGAUUCAAAGAAAACUCAAGCUCUCUAUGCGUCCUUGUCAGCUUUAGAUAAAAAUCUGUUUCCCUUUAAUCCUGUUAAUAUAGUGUGGUCCGAGUACCUGCCCGUCUAUUACAAGGGCGUCAAAACUUAUUUAUUUUAG